AUGGUGUACAUACGAGUUGGAGGUGGAAGGGCCCCUUAUCUCGUUGUGUUGAGCGAGAAUUGCAUGGCUGAGCGAAGCGGACUCUCAAGCGGUAUCUUGAAGAAACCGAGCAACCACAACCGGGAUGAGGCCAUGCCCGGUACGAGGAGAUAG